GAAGACAUUUGUGAGCUGUUCAAGGGCGUGAAAGGAAUUUACGCUACGUUUUCCCCUCAACAACCAAGGACUGUCCAUGCAUACUGACUCCCACGGGAUGCACGCCUGAGCUUAAGCCAGCAUUGGCCGCUCACGUUACCGUCCAGUCAUCCCAUACUGCGCUAUAAAAAUGUACACAGCCCAACCUGCCUUCCCCUGCAUUUCCGCAUCCUAGCUCUAGCAGUAACUACCUCAGUUUCUUGCCACAGUAUCAGCACUUAUGGUAGCCAUGGCCGUGAAAGUGUAUGGCGCUGCCUAUGCUUCAUGUGCCCGCCGGGUCCUUGCUUGCUUAAUUGAGAAGGGCGUCGACUUCGAAAUCAUCCCGGUUGAUCUGCUAAGCGGCGAGCAGAAGAAACCAGAGUUUCUCAAAUUGCAGCCGUUUGGGAUGGUACCUGUUAUCCAAGACGGUGGCUUCACAUUGUAUGAGUCCAGGGCUAUUAUAAGGUACUAUGCUCAGAAAUAUGCCGACCAAGGAACUGAUUUGCUAGGGAAGACUCUGGAGGAGAGAGCCACUGUAGAACAAUGGCUAGAAGUUGAGGGGCAGAACUUCAAUCCGCACAUUUACACUUUGGUUCUGCAACUCCUGUAUUUCCCAAAGAUGGGUGUCCCUCAAGAUGAAAAGCUAAUUAGAGAGAGUGAGGAGAAGCUGGGAAAAGUAUUAGAUGUGUAUGAGGAGAGGCUCUCCAAGAGCAAGUAUCUAGGAGGAGACUUCUUCAGCCUAGCUGACCUUACACAUCUUCCAUUCACACAAUAUUUGGUCAAUGACAUUGGGAAGGAAUAUCUUAUCAAACACAGGGAACACGUCAAAAGAUGGUGGGAAGACAUCUCAAACAGGCCGUCCUGGAAGAAGGUCCUUCAGCUCUAGAGGUUGAAGGUUUAGGCUGAAGGUCAGAGGACAGGAAUGUGGAAUUUAGUCUCUGUCAUGGACUCCGUAAUAUGUCCCAAGUUGUUAUCUACCUAGAAAUGUUUUGGUUAUGCAUGAAGAGCAUUUUGCUACGUUGUUACUUCCAAAACGUUUUUCAGUAAUAAAGAUUAGAUGGACAAAGAUA